AUGUCUUAUGAUCGGUAUCUAGCAAUAUGCAAACCCCUGCACUAUGGAGCCCGUAUGAACGGCAGGUUCUGCCUCCAGCUAGCAGCUGGGUCUUGGCUAAGUGGAUUUCUAGCUAGUUCCAUCAUAAUAUCAUUGGCUUCCGAACUAAUUUUCUGUGGUCCCAACAAAAUUGACCAUUUCUUCUGUGAUUUCACCCCAAUAGUCAAACUCUCUUGCAGCAACACCCGCCUUGUCACACUUUUGGAUAUGGUGCUGUCAUCUGUAUUCACUUUGCCCCCAUUUCUGUUGACCCUGACAUCCUACAUUUGUAUCAUCACCACCAUCUUGAGAAUCCCUUCCACUGCCGGGAGGCAAAAGGCCUUUUCCACCUGCUCCUCCCACCUCAUUGUGGUGACAAUUUUCUACGGGACCCUGAUGAUUGUCUAUAUGUUACCAAACACCAAGAGACUGAGAGAUCUGCACAAAUUUUUCUCCCUUUCCUACACAGUCUUGACUCCCAUGAUCAACCCGCUCAUCUACAGCCUGAGAAACAAAGAGGUCAAGGAGGCCCUUAGAAAAGGGGUGUGGAAAUGCGUGUCUCGCACAUGA